AUGAUCACCGGUUCCAUGAUGCGCGCGUCGAUACAGCCCGACGAAGUCCGGAUCGACCACGAUGCAACGGCCGCGAGCCGUAAGCAGCAAGCCAACGCAGCCGUGGCUCGAGCCAAUGUCGACAACCUACGAGAUGACCCAGAAGCUCGAGCGGCAGCCUUCCUGGUUCUCAUCGGCGUGAUGUUCAUGAUCAAGCAGAUUGACCAAACCAAUGCUGCAAAUGUUCGGGUGUUGCAAGCAGGGGAGUCGCGAAAUAUCAUGAAAGAGCUCGACAUGACGUCUGAUCAAUACAACUGGGUUGGAUCCAUCUACGGUAUUGCCUACAUUAUCUUCGAAGCGCCUAGUAAUCUUCUCUUAAAGCGUAUGAGUCCACAUCUUUGGCAGUCUCGUAUUUUCCUCACCUGGGGAAUCAUUACGGCCUGCCAAGCUGCAGCUCAAAAUCGGCAUGAACUUUACGCUAUGCGAUUUUUGCUUGGGAUGUUCGAAGCGGGUAUGUUUCCGGGCAUCAUGGCUCAUCUGUCUAGCUGGUACCGCACAGAUGAAAUAGGCAAGCCAGUGACCUGGUUCUUUGCCAUGUCCAACCUGGCGGGUAUUAUCGGAUCGCUCUUAUGCUAUGGUAUCAGCUACAUGAACGGAAUUCGUGGUAUUAGUGCUUGGAGAUGGGUGUACCUUCUCGAAGGACUGGCUACCAUCGUCUUUUCCGGUGUCGUAUUUUGGCUGCUACCAGACUACCCCAAGUCCCCGCGCAGCAGCCGCUUCCUGACAGAGAGGGAACAAGAGUUUGUAGAGGCAAGGUUACCGGAGAAUGCGCCCCUGACUAACGAUCCUGAUUUCGCCGGCAAAGAGAUUUGGGCAGUCUUACGAACACCAUUGAUUUGGUCAUUCAUGCUGUCGCAGACCCUCAUCAACAUUGGAGGAUACGCGUUGACAUGGUACUUGCCUACAAUUGUUACUAAUCUCGGCUUUGUGGGGCUGCCGAGGAAUCAGCUGUUGAACAUGCCUCCUGCGUUUGCCGCCAUCGUGGGCUUAAUAUUUUCAGCGUGGUUUAUGUCGAGAGCGUACAUCGUCCGGCCAGCCUAUAUCAUGAUCCUUAUGUCUGGCAUGGUUGUGUGCUUUGUUCUCUUCUUUACGAUUACCAAUCGGUAUGGCAUCUACAUCUCCUGCAUCUUGGGAACUUUGUUCUACCAAUCAUACUUCAUUCCAUUCUGGGCCUGGAGAUCUGCCACACUCUCGGGAUCCACAGGGACGGCCUUCACGCUUGGUCUUCAAUCAGGUAUAGCCCAGCUAGGCGGCGUUAUCGGCCCGCAGCUGUUCCAGUCCAAGUUCGCAUACAACGGUUACAAGACAAGCUUCGCGAUAGCAGCGGCGACAACUAUCGCCUCUUUUGUCGCCAACCUAUGGACAUGGUGGUUGACCAGGAAUACGGAGUACGAUGUGAUGCGAGUGAGAAGAAAGAUAUUGAAGGCGCGAAAACUUGGCAAGGUCAACUUCGAUGAUGAUAUUCGGGUAUUUGAGGAAAGACGGUUUUACGAUGGCUUUAAACGGCAGGGGGGAGACUCUGGCGAGGAAAGCUCACAAGCUUAG